UGUACACUCUUGAAUAUAAAUUCAAUCAGUAAGAGCAAGCUUUUAUUUCGCAUUUGGAAUUAGUUAUAUAAAAUCAUGUGGUAUUUCACUCUGCUAUUGCUCGUUGGACGUAGUAAUCGCAGCUUCUGAACACAAAUAUGCUUGGAAAACAGGAAACCAGUAUCAAUAUCUUGUACGGAGCCGAACAUUGUCGAGUUUCAAUAAAUUAAAUAAUCAGUCUUCUGGAAACUUAAUAAAAGCUAUGCUCACCAUCCAAGCGAGGUCCGCGGACAAGCUACAGGCAAUGUUAACGACACCGCAGUUUGCUCGGAUACAUAUGCAAUUGCCAGAAGGUUUUGACUCACAAAUACCCGAUCAACAGCUGUACUAUCAAGAGCUCCCCUUGUCCGGAAAGCCUUUCGAGAUCGUAAUAAAACAAGGUAUAAUCCGAGAUUUGUUGGUAGAUAAGAACGUGCCUACUUGGGAACUGAAUUUACUGAAGGGUAUCGUAAGUCAGCUGCAGAUUGUAGUGCAAGGCGAAAACGCGUUGAAUGAUCACAAUACUCAACAGCCGAGGGAUGGACAAUACUUUAUUUCAUAUAAGGUCAUAGAAGACACCGUCGGUGGCGAGUGUGAAGUUCUCUACGAUAUUUCGCCAUUAUCCGCAGACAAUCUCUACAACUCACCGGAACUAGCACCUUUGAUGAAUGACAAUCAUAACAAAGAUAAAUUUCUUAUCGAUAUCAGGAAAACGAAGAAUUACAACAAUUGCAAGCAGCAAAGGAGUUAUUAUUUUGGUCUCGGUGACAGCAUGAGCUUGACACAAAGAUCCAAUAAAGACAGAUUGACAACAAAAUCGUCGGACAGUCGCAUCGUUAUCUCUGGUGAUCUUAAGCGUUUCACUAUCCAAUCCUCCGUGACGACGAAUAACAUAUUCGUCAAAUCUGAGAACUCUAUUAAUUCUUUCAUCGGCACUGUCUACAGCAAAAUAAAUCUGACUUUAGAAAAUAUGAAUAAAAUAUCCAAAAAAUUGUCAAUAAAUAGUAACCUCCUAUCAACCGGAAACCUUUUAUAUACAUACAACAAUCCGCUAACUGAAAUAGAACAAGGCAAGCAACAAGAAACCGUCAGCAGAAAUUCUCAGCAUAUUCAGUCGUCCGAGCGCAGUAGCAGUUCUAGUGAACAAAAUCAAUCUCAAGGCAGAAGCUGGCGAAAACAAAGUGACGGUAGCAACAGAAGCAAUUCAAACUUACAACUUUUAAUAAGUUUAAAUGAGGCUCCGAAGUCGACGACGCCUCUUAGCCUUGCUUUUCAAGACAACCAGGAAUCGCUGAACUUCGUGGAAGAAGCUCAAAAACAGCCCCGUGAAAUAGUCGACAAACUCCAGCAAUCCAAUACUAUGGAAAAUCUAGAUACGUUGGAGAUGUUCAUAAAUUUUGUAAACUUGCUGCGUGAUAUGAAUGAUACUCAAAUCGCUGAAGUUGAACAGGGCGUGCUAAGUAACGUACCUCACAAUUUGCAAUCAAGCGAAAAUACCUUUGUGGAAAAUGAUGUCUGGAGUAUACUUCGUGAUGGCGUUGCGCAAGCCGGAACUGGACCCGCUUUACUCACUAUCAUAAAAUGGAUACAAAAAGGAAAAUUGGACGGCAUAGAAGCGGCGCGUGUGAUAUCAAAAAUUCCUAAAGUUGUUCGUAUACCUUCAGAGAACUACAUCAAAGCAGUUUUCAAUAAUUUAGUUGCCGAUCAGAAAGUGCAGCAACAGGAAUUUGUGAACAAAAUCGCACCCAUUGCAUUUUCGGAAUUAGUCCGCAACGUCCAAGUCGACAAGAGGCAUUCCCAAAAUGCAUAUCCGGUAUACAAUUUCGGUAAACUAAAUCCCGAGAGUGAUAAAGACGUAACUGAAAAUUAUAUACCUUUUAUGGAAAAACAAUUAGAAAAAUGCAUCCAAAAUGGUGAUAAUGCGCUAGCGCAGGCAUAUAUUGUAGCUUUGGGUAAUUUCGGUCAUUCGAAGGUCUUGGGAGUCUUUGAGCCAUUUUUGGAAGGCCGACAGAAUGUGUCGACGUAUCUACGUACGUUGAUGGUUUCGUCACUGCGCAGUUUAGUCAGACGCUCACCGGCAGUCGUUGCACCAGUGCUCUACAAAAUCUACUUGAACGAUGAAGAGUCUCAUGAGGUGCGUUGCGCCGCGGUUCAUCUUUACAUGUUAACAAAUCCGCCUUUAGUCUCGAUGCUACGUAUGGCAAAGUACACCAAUUUCGAUAAGAGUAACGAAGUAAAUGCUGCAGUCAAAAGCAGCAUCAUAAGUCUAUCUAAAGUGGACCGACCAGAGUUUGAUAGUGUAUCUCUAAAAGCGCAUUACGUUAGAAGAUUUCUAACACCAAAGAAAUUCUCUAAAACAAACUCUCGAGACAUCUUUACAAAGACCACCAUUGUGCAAACCACCGGCAGUGACGACUAUAGUGUGCCGAAGAAUGUGUAUAUAAAUAUGCAAAACGCUUUCGGUAACAUAGCAAAAUCCAUAAUUGAAGCGGAAUACGGAGUAUCGUCCGUUAAGCGUCUUAUCGAUAUAUUCGAAAAGCCAGAAGCACAUCAAGAAGGUGCGUGGCUUAACAAUAUUCGUCAAUCACUUGGUAUGCAAGCCAAAAUAGCGGAACAACUGGAAGGAAACGUCAGGAUUUCCACAAUUUUCGGAACUGAUUUUUAUCCUUUCGAUCAACAAAGCAUUGAGAAAUUUGCAUUGUAUAUAAAAAAAAAUUUGGAGAAAGACCAACGCGUGCAUAUUAAUCGUAUGGACAGCUAUGAGGAGUCAAUAAGUUUUCCGACUGAAAGCGGCUUGCCGUUCACUUACAACAUCGAAAUGCCAAUGUUGACAAGAAUUCAUAUGAACAAAAGAAACGAGCAAGGCGAUAAACCUAACAACAAAUCAACAAACGGGAUUAUCAAUGUACUAGUCGCCAAUAAGGUGCAGACCAGAUUUGGUGUUGUAGUAUCUCACGUGCAUCAGCAUUGUAUCGCUGGUGUUGAUAGAAAUUCGCUUGUGCAUAUACCAAUAGAAUAUAACAUAAACGUGGAAUCUGAAAAACCUUCUCAAAUUUAUGAGCUGAAAAUGCAUGUAGACCCAAAAGUACAAAGUUCACCACUUAGACUAGCGCAUCACAAUGUUGUUCCCUUCACUGCACAAUUAAGGAUGAUCGAACUUCAACCUGCCAUCCGCAAUGGCAUGAUACCAGUGCGGAAUUCAAAGGAACAGAAAAAAUCUUUAGUUCGCGUAGGCGAUAUAAAUAUUAUUUCGGAAAGCGAUAACAUACAGGUAGAGCCAAAUUUAAAAAGUAUAUUUAAGCGGUGGUUUUCAUUCUUUGACAAUUCUAUCUUACACUACAGAAAUAUCGAAGUAUUUAGCUUGAAUCACUUAGGCAUCCACGGAAAAGAUGAAACAAUUGUGACCGUCGCUUACGAUGAAUCAGAAACCCAAGGCGAUAAUAACGAGAAACAUAAAAACGGAUCACGGCCAUCAUGGGAAAUACAAGACUCCCAUACCGAAUUAUAUGAUAAUUUAUCGAAUAGCGUAAUAAGAAGAAGGCAUCUCUUGAAGGAAGUUAGCAAAGGUAUGAAGUCUGUCAAAGCCUACGUGUAUGACGUAUCUGCCGAAAUUCCGUGGCUAGACAGUCGCCAAGUCUUAACUAUCAGCGUAGGACACAGUAAUGUAGAACGAAGAUCUCAAUUCAUUAUUUUUUGGAAUAGUCAAUCUGAAACUGGAGAAGUCAUACAUGAAACACAGAUCACAGGAAUGGUGCAAUCUACGCAAAACGAUUUUCUGAAUUACGACAAAGCGGCUCAUCAGUUGCCGCAAGACGACUUUACAAUGAAUAUGCACGUUAGAAAGAAUCAUAAGAAAGCAAACAAAAUUCAAUUAAAGGGAAGGCUAUUGCGAAGUGACAGACUGACGAAAACGAUGAUGAAAUCCAAGACAGUUCAACAAUGUGUGAAUGAGAUGCAGCUUGGCAGAAGGCUGCAAGCGUGCCAGAAGGCCAUUGAUUUGGCAUUAAAGAAAAAUCUUUUGCAGAUGUCGAUAAACAUGGAUUCUGACGAUCACAACGAAAUCGCUAAUAUGAUUUUAGGCUAUUUCAGUGAGAUAAUACCUAACGCAAACAUAGAGUUAGCAAACUCGAGGAAUUCUGAUUUGAAAAACAAAAUCAAUGUGGAAGUGAAAAUGUCACCCAGUUUCGAAAAUGCACAGACCACUUUAGAAACUUCGCAAAUAAAUCUUAAAUUCCAACUGCAUGAUUCCUCUGAAGAUAAAUUGUGGCAACAAAAUGAAAAUGAGGGCUUCGAGAAUGAGGAAAAAGAAGCUUCAUGCAUUCUGAGCAAAAAUGAAAUUGUUACUUUUGACCAGAAGAGCUAUCCCUUGCACAUGGGCGGAAUCUGGCACGUACUGAUGAUCCCUGAUCACCUACAGAUUCUUAAACAUCCUGAUAUACAGCCACCUCUUUCAAAAAUUAUGAAAGUGAAUGUUAUGGCCCGAGAAAUAAAUAAUCGCCUUCAGGUUCGCGUGUUGUUGGGUGAAAGAGAAUAUCGAUUGCAACAAUUAGGUGAUCGUCUUCAAGUUCUGAUUAACGGACAAGAAGUUAAGCUGUCGAAACAGAAAAGCCAUCAAGACAAAGAGAAAAGAAAAACUGUCGCCGAAUUAUUUAUUCAACCGGACGAUUCAUUGACGCUUAACUCAAAGAACCAUGGAAUCAAUAUUUUAUAUGAUGGAAAACGUGUUCGACUUCAGGUAACUAAGAGUUACCGCAAUGCGGUACGCGGUCUUUGCGGCAACUAUGAUAAGCAAGCCAACAACGAUUUCCUCAUUCCGCAAAAUUGUAUCCUGCAGAAACCGGAAGAAUUCAGCGCUACUUUCGCUUUACUUGACAACGAGACCGAGGAUAGUGACGUUCAUAAAAUUAUUGCAAAGAAUAGAAAAAAGGCGAAUCGUGCCAGUUGCACUCUGUCAACUCCUCGUCAGACUAAUGUGAUCAACGACAGAGAAGUGGGAAGAGAGUUAGAAAAACAAACGUGGGGUUAUCAUCAGAACAGCAAUCAAAAUAAAAAGAAUCAAGGAAACGCCCGCUUUGUCUACCGCACGAAAGUCGACGAAAGUGAUUAAGAGAUCUGCUUUUCUGUCAGACCUUUGUCAGCAUGCCCCGAGAAUAACAAGCCUACGAAAACAAAAAAGAAGAAUGUUGCAAUGCACUGCAUG